AUGCAGAAUGGGGGAUAUACACCGUUACACAUAGCUGCUCAGUUUGGACAGGUUGAUGUUUUCAAAUUACUCGUAGAGGUUUAUAAGGCAGAUAUUCAUAUAAGGGACUACAGCGGAAAAACGGCCGAGUAUUAUUUGAAAACGAAGAAAGGCGGUCCAGAGGGAAGCGUCACCUUACGCAAAAAAGAUUUGGGUUUCCUCAGAAUAGGAUCUCUUAAUGUAAGGGUUAAGAAAACCACAGAAGCGUUUGGAAACUUUUUGGGAAUGGGAAAUAGUGGAAAUAUUGUCCCGUUGGAAACUAUGAAUGAAAAAGUUCAUAAAGGCUGGGGAUCCGCUGAUAAUGUAGCAAAGGAAAAUGUUAUGGGAGCACCAAAAGGCUACGCAGCAAAGAAAAAAUCCAAACGACCUAUAGAUGCUGGAAUGAAUAGUACUCCAACUACUCCAAAAACUCCCACCAAAAGUAUUAGACAUUUCGCAAAUGAUUCGGAUUCAGACACAGCUGCAGGUUUUGAUUCAAAUUGGAAGAAUUAGAUUUUAAAUACGUAUUUUUAUCUUAAUGA